AUCGCAUACAGAAGAACAGUUCUAGUUUUGCAUCUAUAAAUAAUUAUGAUUACAUAUUUAAGCUUUUUUCAAAAUAUUUGUUAUAAUACUAUGCACUGAAAUAUAUCUGGACUCCGAAACACAAAAAUUCUCAAAGAACUUUUUACGCUACACAACAGUCUCCUUUAUGAAGAAAAUACAUUGUAAACCAACUUACCAAUAUUAACCAAGAGCAGAGGUUUGUUGGUAAAAGCAGGCUCUAGCAUGUGCCGUCUUCUACUUUUUUUCUGUUUCAUUCAUAAAAUUGUCAAUAUGCACAUUAGCCCAAAGGAUGUUUUCCCUCACUGUAAGAAGAAUAAGUUGUGUUUUCUGUACUCAGAAUGGAAAAUGCAUUUUGUUAUAUUGGAAAUCUUGAAUACUAGCCAUCCACCUGUGAUUUUCUUAGCCAUCUGCCUGUGAUAUUAUUAUCAGGCAUAAUACUAUACUAAGUACUCUGCAUACAUGUUACUUACAAAUGUGAUUACAAUGGAAUUUAUAGGCAGUAAUUCUAAUAUAUAUACAUCUCACUCUUUAGGCGAUUUACUUCUACAAUAGAUCAUCUAUUUAGAACUUUUGUCAGAUACAUCCAACAGCAUAAUAUCCUAAAUGUUGUUUUUAGUAAUCACCCAUUUAAAAAAUGAUCUCACUUUAGAAUGGAAGCCUAAUUGGCCAUAAUGUGUGGAGAGUGGGGAUGAUGUCAUGCACUGGACUGUACCAUCCUGGUAUCAGGCCUCUGCAGGCCAGUCCUUGGGACACAAGCAGGGUGUCGUGGACCAUAAUAGACAAAUAGCAAAUGACUCUGUCAGUGGUUAUCACUGACAAAUUUUACAAAUGUACAGAAUAAAGAUGACUUGCUACUGAGAAGGGAAUAUGACAGAUGUCCUGGCUGGAAGAAAAAUCUGAGAAGGGAAGGCUUAUCAAGAGCAGGCGAAUAACACUGACAGGCCUUUUCCUGAACCGCUCAGCUCCAGCACUGGCAACCUCUGCUAGAAAUUGAUGAUUUGUGAUCGGCCAUACUGCUUACUAUCUGCAUCUCUACAAUAUUAGGGAAUUUAAAAUUUCACAGAUUUUAAACAAGUAUCUCCUGAUGAUUUUACCGUUUUUAUAGAAAUUAAUGUUUGUUAGGAAUUCUGAUUCUUAGUGUAAGAAUUGAUCUGUAAAAUGCAUGUAUCAUAUUAAUACCACUGAUCAUGCCUUUAGGUAGAAUGUUAUUUUCCAUUUCCAUGUGCCCCCAAAUGUCAUUGAUCAUUGCAAUGUGAAACACUAGGUAUUUGAUACUAGGCAAAAUAGUACAAUGCAGAUAGCAGACAUUUUAUACAGUUCAUCAUUUGUUUAUAUUAAAUGUCAAGUAAAAGGUGUUAUAUUAAGUACAAUUAAUAUUAAAUAAAAAGUGUUGCAAACAAGUGCUUUUUAAAAUUCGUUCUUCCCACAUUGUAAGUCGUGCUAUGUAUUGCACUUUGUAUGACAAGAAUUUUUUGAAUUAUUGGCUCUCUUUGUUGUUAAAUAUCUAAAUGCUGAGCAUAUAUUUAAUCUUUAGUUGGUAAGGCCUAGGAUGCAGUAAGUGAUGCAGAAGGUGAUGCAGAAGUUAGCAAUAUAAAAACAUCCAGGUUCAAUAGCAGGUUGACCUUUUUAGACUGUCUCAUUAAUGUAGAAAUCACCUGAAGUGAUCUCAAAUUUUAAGACAUCAUCUUUGGAUAAAUAACAUGAGUAUUAUAUUAGGAGCCAUUUCUUUGUAAAACAAUUUUCUUGAGAUUCUUUACAUGAUUUUGAUAAAGGUAAUCCUGAAAUAUUUGAAAUCAGUCACGCACUUUCAAUUUAAAAUAGCAUUAUUAUAAAUGGGGUUAUAUGCUUUUCAAAAUGACAGAAAUACAGUUUAAGUAUCCUAUCACCAAAUGAUAGAAGUAUGUGAAAAUCAUACAGUCUAAAAAGUUAUAAGCCUAUUAAAGUUAGAAAUCAGCACAUUUCCCUACCUCUUAAAAUUAAAAAUUGCUCUCCAUGAAAGCAGCCAACCAAAUGAAACAUUUAAAGUGUCAUUAAAACAUAUUUCUGAAAUUCACUUUAAGCAGUUAAAUGUCUGGGUACAUUUCUCAUGAUCUCUUAGCUGCUAUCAAUCAUAAAUAUUUUAAUGUAACCUUGACUUUAUUUAUAGAUCCAUCUCAAUUUUUUUUAAAAAAGAAUAAGGACUAAAAGUAACUAUAUAAACACAAAAAUAACACUGAGACAUCUUUAAUAAUCUUUCGGUAGCUGGGCUUCCAUGAGCUACUGAGCUCUUGCCUUGAGGCCUAUUUCUGCAUGUCAUAUUUAAGAAGUAAAAUGCACCCCAUUGUCAAGAACAUGCAAGAAUAUUGUAAUAUUUUUACCCAAAUUCUUGGUGAGACAAAAUAGAUAGGUAUAUCACCUAUCAUCACUAUACCAAACUUUCUAAAAUACAAUGAAUCAUCUUUCUCUUUCCCUACAUUCUGUCAUGCUACAGCUGUGGCCAUCUCUCCCCUCUCCCCUGUUCCAUCUCCUCUUACAGAGAAAAAGUUUACAUAUUUGCCAGUAAAAUACUGGAAACUUUGCAUUCAAACCAUAGCAGUAUCUUGCUCCAAUUGCCUCCCUACAUAAUCUCCUUUGGAGUGAAAUGACUGAGGAAAGAAUGGAAAUGGUAAAUCCUUGGCCCUGUAGUUCAAGUUAAAAGUGAAGAGACAAAUGGUAUUAGGGAAAAUGGUGAAGGGGAUGUGGAGGACAGCAAAGUUGAAAGAGAUCACAGAGAUUUCACCAAAAUAUUCUUUGGCAAGUAGUUACUGUCAUUCAAACACAACUAAACAUUGAAAAGUAAAAAUAAAAAGCAAAGAACAUAUGCAAAUAUUCAGGGCAAAUAUUUAAUUUAAAAUACAUAGUGUGCAGAUGGCAGAUGAUGAGUAUACUUAGAAGAAAAACUAACUGCUAGAAACAGAAGAAAAUGUUGGGUUAAAGCUAAUAAUUAAAGAGGACAUCAAAUUCACAGAACAAGAGACCAAAAAAAAAAAAAAAAAAAAAAAAAAACAUGGUAAAAAAAUAGAAAGAAGAAGCUUUUAGAACCAAGGCAAGGAACUCAGGCUAAGAGUAAAACCAAUGUAGAACUUACCUUGCUGAAAAUCAAGUCAGUAAUAUGGAAGACAAAUUUAAGAAAACUUAUAUAAAGUGUAAAUAAAGCAAUUAUUUGAAGAUACUAGAAUAUACCUUCAACCUUCAACAUAGUGAAUCAGAAAAAAUAAUCUACACUUCGUAAAAGCUUUGAUUUCAAUAUUUUAGUAGAAUAAAAUCUCAUGUAUUGCCUUCUUCCUGGGAUAAAUUUAAAGUAAGUCACCUAGAGAGGAAAAUAACAGUCCUCAGACUUUUCCUUAGCAAGGUUAGUCUCCAAAAUUCAGUAGUGUGACAAGUAGCCAAAAUUUAGAAGUUGAGAGAAUAUGAUUACAAAAUAAAAUACUAUUUGUGUCUGUUGUUUAGUUAUAAUGGCAACAAGAUACUGCAAUAUGUAGACCAACUCAGAAAAUACAGUAUUCAUGUGGUCCUAUUGAAAAAUUUACCUCAUAACCCAGCUGAAAGAUAAAUCAGUUCAUUGGUGAAUUUUAAACAAUAAAACCUGCCAAUCAGAAAUUGUGAUAUAAGAAAUCUGGCAGUAAGUGUGGACCAUUUAAAAUUAAAAUAAAAUAAAAUAUCAUAACAAUAAACUAAAACAAUAUUCUAGAACAUGUCAACAAAAAUAGGCAAGCACAUGAGAAAAAAAAUAAUUGAAUUUCCUUUUCUCACCAAAAAUAAAAUUGAAUUGAAGCAGAUGACCCCUAUUUAUAGUAAUGCUAUUUUAAAUUGAGAGUGAGUGAGUGCAAAAUACUUCAGGAUUACUGUUACAAAAAUCAUAUAAUCACAAGAAAAUUGCUUUAAAAAAUGGCUCAUAACAAAAUGCUUUUAAAAACUUGUAUCAGAGAUGUAAAGGGUUAAUGUCCCUAAGUUUGCAAAAUACUUUGAUAAAUUUAUAAGAAAAAGUAACCAAUAGAGGACAUUAAAAAGAAAUUCAACCUAAUGAAUAAGCAAAGACAUAUAGAAGAUAGUAAUUUUUUCUGUUAGAUCGAUAGACAUUAAGAUUACGGACAAAAUCCAAAACUAGAUUGGAGUAUAAAGAAGCGGACAUUCCUGUGUGGUGUUGAUGAAAGACUUAUUUGGCACUUCCCUUUCUGGAGGGAAGUUUAGCAGCAUAUCUCACCAUGAAAACUCAGAAUCUUUUUGAAUUUCAAAAACCUUGAAACUUGUUUAAAGGAUGCCAUUCUACUGGAUUAUUAUGUAUCUGGAUUUUUGUGGGCUAGAAGAAUGGAUUUCUCUGUUAUUCAAUAUUCGAAAUUUAUGACUUUGUUAGCCAUGUUGCUUCAGAAUCUUAAAACACUACAUAUGUCCUUAGAGGACAGCAUAAAAUGGCUUGGAGAAGUUAUGGCUGAAAUAGGACCAAAUCAUUCACGAAAAAGUGAGGAAUGGAAUAUCUUUGAUGUAAAACAAGCCAAUGCUAUCAUUGAUUACAUAAAAAUCAGCUUAUUUCAACACUACAAGCUCUACGAAUUUAUGUUCUACUCUGCCAGGGAAGAAAUUGUGAUAGGAACUGAGCAAGUGAUAGAGGUUGUCAAGCCUGCAGGUGGCCCUUUCCCAGAACCUCUGGAAGAAGGAAUCUCAUGUGAUAUUUACUCAACAUUCAUAGAGCCCCCCACAACAUUGGAUAGAGAAAUGAAGGGGUUGGAUCAAGAACAAGGCCCUGAGGAGUCUCAGCCAGAAACCUCAGAUGUGGAUCCUUCAUUUGGUUUCACCAUUGAAGAUGUAAAAUCAGUGCUGGAUCAAGUCACAGAUGACAUUUUAAUCGGCAUUCAGACCGAGAUAAACGAAAAACUGCAAAUACAGGAAGAGGUCUUUAAUGCACGAAUAGAAAAAUUGAAAAAGGCCUGAGGACUCCGUACAAGGAGAGUGAUGCUAAACUUCACAGAAACAAACAAAACCAGCCAGAAUAAUAGACUCUCUGGAGCGUCAUAUCGCCAUCACUUAGUUGUGAAAGGAAAACCAAGCCCCACUUUUUAUUAUCCUAAGUAAUUAGAAAAGUAUUCGUCCCAAUUUUGCUAUCUCCCGUCUCAUAACAGCCUCUGAUGGGCUGCACCAAGCAUAAUAAGAACAUUUUGUAUACAAGAGUUUAAAGAAUUAUAUUUAAAAAAUACUUUGACGAUAGUCCUUUGAUGUUUUGACUAAUAAAUGCUAUUCAUCUUCAAGGA